CAGAACGAUAAAGAUACCGCUUUGGAAAAUGCCAAACUUAAAGCUAGGGUUGCGAAAUUGGAACAGAAACAGUUACAAAUUGACAAAGAAAAGAGCAACCAUAUUAUAUUACGAAGUAAUGACCGUGCCAGUUCCACUGAUGCCUUCGCAUCUAAAUCGGAUGAUACCACCUCCAUUGAAACGGAAAAUUCUAACGAUGCUCCUGAACAGACAAACUUACAUUGUGAUGAGUCAGAGACUU